AAAUCACUUGCCUUGUCACGUGACAACUUCUUUCAAACAUGGCGUCAGAGCAAAACAAGUCGUUCUCUCCCAGACAAUUAGCUAAUGUUUGGAGAGUUUGUUUGGGUUUAACCUGGUUGUGUGUGUUUGUUGGAGCAGAAAUACGAACAGCUGUUCUAGAUAAACAGAGCGGACGGCUGUCCGUCGUCCUGGGCUUCCGGGAAGACUUUGUAGCCUGGGCUAACUUCACCGACGACAUCCAAACAUCGGGCUGGUCCUUCCUGGAGGUCACAACCAGCAGCAAGUAUAAUGACAGCAUCCAGGCGUAUGCUGCUGGUGCAGUCGAGGCUGCAGUUACAUCCCGGCUCAUCUAUGACCACUGGAUGAACACUCUGGUGGGGUACUGUGGCCCCUUCAAGUUUCAAUCGGGUUACUGUGGACGCCUGAAGGCUUUCAUCACAACUAACCUGCGUUGGGUUCAGACCAUGAUAGAAGCAGGGCCGAAUUCACCCUACUGGUACCAGGUGCGUCUGGUGCUGCUGCAGCUGAAAGGCCUCGAGGACAGCUACAAUGAUCAGCUCUCAUUUCCAACAGAGUCCUUCUCCAUCAGUCCCUUUGGCUUCCUUCUUUUCCAGUUGGGUGGGGAUCUUGAAGACUUGGAGUCAGCACUGAAUAAAUCCAGCCAAACCCAACCCAUCGGAGCUGGUUCCUGUUCUGCGCUCAUUAAGCUGCUGCCAAACAAUAAAGAACUCCUGGUUUCUCAUGACACCUGGUCAACCUACCAGUCCAUGCUGCGCAUCAUGAAGAAAUACAUCUUUGCCUUUAAAAAGUCUCCUUUAGACAAUGAACCACUUCCUGGAGGAACUCAGGCCUUCUCAUCCUACCCUGGAUCCAUCUUCUCUGGAGAUGACUUUUAUAUCUUAAGUAGCGGCUUGGUUACACUAGAGACCACCAUUGGUAACAGCAACCCUGACCUCUGGAAGUACGUUCAGCCAAUACCGUCUGUUAUGGAAUGGCUCAGGAAUAUUGUUGCUAAUCGACUGGCUACUACUGGUGAAGAGUGGGCAGAGCUAUUUGAAAUGUACAACAGUGGAACAUACAACAACCAGUGGAUGAUUGUGGAUUAUAAACAAUUUACCCCAGGAAAGACUGAUGUUAAAAAGGGCCUCCUUGUAGUUCUGGAGCAGAUUCCGGGUUUGGUCAUCUAUGAUGAUAAGACUCAAGAACUGAUGAAGAAAGGAUACUGGGCCAGUUACAACAUACCGUACUAUCAGGACAUAUUCGACGCCAGUGGCUACAACGAGCUGGUCAAUAAGUAUGGUUCAUGGUUCUCGCUGGAUCAGAAUCCUCGUGCUCAGAUAUUCAGGAGAAACCAGACACGUGUUACCGAUGUAGACUCCAUGGUCCGCCUCAUGAGAUACAAUAACUUCAAAGAGGAUCCGUUGUCGAGGUGUGAGGAAUGUAGUCCUCCUGAGAAUGGGGAGAAUGCAAUCUCAGCACGUUCAGACCUGAACUCUGCUAAUGGAACAUAUCCGUUUGGUGCUUUAAAGCAGAGACCACAUGGGGGAACAGACAUGAAGAUGACUUCCUAUGAAAUGUACAAAACCUAUGGCAUGCUGGCUGUGAGCGGACCUACCUGGGACCAAGUGGCUCCCUUCCAGUGGAGCACUUCGCCUUACCAAGACUUGUUGCACAUGGGUCAUCCUGAUACUUGGACCUUUAAGCCUAUAAAAGUCACCUGGACACCUUAAAAGUUUAUCUGGAAUAAAAAGCUGCUCCUUUAUUGUUUUAAUAAAAGGAAUAGAUCAAAAGUUAUCACUGAUUGCCAGAACAAUGAUGUUUUUAAAAUCCUGUGACAAUUAUAGUGUUGAACUUUUGCUGAUUAAAUAAAAAAAAACUGCUUUGAGCCUUGAACAAAAAAUAAAUGCUGCUAUUUUGUAGGAGCAUUCAAGA